AAAUAAAAUAAAAAACCUUAACUGAAUUAAUAAUUCGGGUUAAGGUUAGCUGUUAGUAUCCAAUUCUUAAUGUCCAAACCCAAAUAUGAAAACUCCAUAAGAUACUUACAACGGCGUCGCUUUUGGCAUCGGUUGGAAAAUAGGAAAACCUAUCGGGUAUUGGGGCUUUGGGCAAGAAUUUAUAAAAUCAACGGAAAUCCCUAAUCCAGCCUAGUUUUCUGGAGAUUUUUAUUUGUCUUCUUUUUCUUCAACCAGAAAACCCUGUUCCCCCAAAUUGUUUACGUCUCGUUAGUUUCACUCGUUCGCUUUGAAUCGAAAAUCAUCAAUUAGUCAUGGCAUCCAGAGAUGCGGAUCCUUCACUCGGAUACUUGACCCGUAAAGAUACAGAGGUCAAGCUACCCCGCGCUACCCGAGUCAAAAACAAGACUCCGGCUCCUAUCCAGAUUACAGCCGAACAAAUACUCCGAGAGGCUCGAGAACGACAAGAGGCGGAAAUCCGACCGCCUAAGCAGAAGAUAACCGACACUACAGAACUCGCCGACUAUCGCCUCCGCAAACGCAAGGAAUUCGAAGACCUAAUCCGCCGUGUACGGUGGAAUGUUAGCGUCUGGAUCAAGUAUGCCCAAUGGGAAGAGUCCCAAAAGGACUUCAAUCGAGCGCGGAGCGUAUGGGAGCGCGCUCUGGAAGUCGAUUACCGGAACCACACUUUAUGGCUCAAAUACGCGGAAGUGGAGAUGAAGAACAAGUUCAUCAACCACGCAAGGAAUGUUUGGGACCGUGCCGUCACGCUCCUCCCUCGCGUGGACCAGCUUUGGUACAAGUACAUCCACAUGGAAGAGAUGUUAGGAAACGUCGCUGGAGCCCGCCAGAUUUUCGAACGCUGGAUGUCGUGGAUGCCGGACCAACAGGGCUGGCUUUCCUACAUUAAGUUCGAGCUUCGUUACAACGAAGUCGAUCGUGCGCGUGCAAUUUACGAACGGUUCGUUCAGUGCCAUCCCAAAGUCGGUGCUUGGAUUAAAUUUGCCAAAUUUGAGAUGAAGAACGGGGAGAUUGUACGAGCAAGGAAUGUGUACGAACGUGCGGUAGAGAAGCUGGCGGAUGAAGAAGAUGCGGAGCAGUUAUUCGUUGCCUUUGCUGAGUUUGAGGAACGAUGUAAGGAAACAGAACGAGCUCGUUGUAUUUACAAGUUUGCUCUCGAUCAUAUUCCAAAAGGGAGGGCCGAGGAUUUGUACAGAAAGUUUGUGGCUUUUGAGAAGCAAUAUGGAGAUAAGGAAGGGAUUGAGGAUGCCAUUGUAGGGAAGAGGAGGUUUCAAUAUGAGGAUGAAGUGAGGAAGAAUCCCUUGAAUUAUGAUGCUUGGUUCGAUUAUAUAAGGUUGGAAGAGAGUGUGGGCAGUAAGGAGAGGAUUAGGGAGGUUUAUGAGAGGGCUAUUGCUAAUGUUCCCCCGGCCGAGGAGAAGCGGUAUUGGCAGAGAUAUAUUUACUUGUGGAUUAAUUAUGCUUUGUAUGAGGAGCUUGAUGCUGGAGAUAUAGAUCGGACUAGAGAUGUGUAUAGGGAGUGCCUUAAACUUAUUCCCCAUGAGAAGUUUUCUUUUGCAAAGAUAUGGCUUCUUGCUGCGCAGUUUGAGAUAAGACAACUCAAUCUCAAAGGUGCUCGACAAAUUUUGGGAAAUGCUAUUGGAAAGGCACCUAAGGAUAAGAUCUUUAAGAAGUACAUUGAGAUUGAGCUACAACUUGGUAAUAUUGACCGUUGCCAAAAAUUGUAUGAGAAAUAUCUAGAGUGGGCACCAGAGAACUGCUAUGCAUGGAGUAAAUAUGCUGAGUUAGAAAGAUCAUUGUCUGAAACAGAGAGGGCGAGAGCUAUUUUUGAGCUCGCCAUUACACAACCGGCUUUGGACAUGCCAGAGUUGCUCUGGAAGGCUUAUAUAGAUUUUGAAAUAUCUGAAGGUGAAUAUCAACGAACCAGAGGAUUGUAUGAGAGACUUUUGGAUCGAACAAAGCACUUGAAGGUGUGGAUUAGUUAUGCGAAGUUUGAAGCAUCUGCGGUUGAGGAGAAUGAUGGGGGUUCAAACUUGCCACAAGAUGGAAUCCAGGAAAAUCAUCAUGAAGAAAAGAAGAAAUGCAUUCAGCAUGCUAGAAGAGUCUUUGAGCGAGCUAUUAACUAUUACAGAACAUCAGCACCAGAGUUGAAAGAAGAACGUGCUAUGCUUCUGGAAGAGUGGCUUAACAUGGAAAGCAGUUUUGGUGAGUUUGGCAACAUUAGUCUAGUCCAGUCUAAGUUGCCAAAGAAACUCAAAAAGAGGAAGCAAAUUACAAGUGAAGAUGGUGGUGUUGUCGGGUACGAGGAAUUCAUUGAUUAUGUAUUCCCAGAAGAAAACCAGGCAACGAAUCUCAAGAUUUUAGAAGCUGCAUAUAAAUGGAAAAAACAGAAGAUUUCUUCUGAUGAGGAGUAGGAGGAUAUCAGCAUUGUAACUUUUUUUGUACUUUCAAAUGUAAAUACAAGCAUGCCUGCUUAGCUGCGUAAUUCUAUAUAUAUGGAUUUUGUUGUGCAGUGUCUGUGUUUUGGAAAACAAGCUUUUUAAGGGAAGAAAUCUCUGGAGCCUGUUAUAGGACAAGCAUUAUAUUAUGUGAAAAGAGUUAGCAUUGUUUAAGAAAUUCCUUGUAUGGUUAGCAGAUUCUUGUUACUUUGAAACGAGUGUUUAUUUACCCGGUGGAUAGUUUCCUUUGACAAUCCCCUAGAUUGUUAUUGUUUUGUAGGCAAAUGAAGUCGGAUCUCUUCAGUCUGGUCCAGGAGUCUCGAAAUGUAACUCAAGAACUAACUUGCAUGUAAUAAUGCUGAAAAUUCAAGAAAAAACUAAUUUGCAUGUAAUAAUUCUAAAAAUUUAGGAAAAAACCAAGUUUCUUUAUGAUGAUCCUCAACUAUCAAUUCAUUUUAUCUCUCCAAGUCCAAAUAAUCUAUUUAUAUUUGAUGAUAGUUAAUUUAAACAUAAAAGCUGGUUUA